UAACAUGCAUGCGCGCCAGUAUCGCGUUCCAGAGCGGCAACAACGGCCAUUUAAGCGGCGCGGAAACGUGCAGGCGAGCGGUGCCUCCUUAAAUCUCCUAGCGGCGGGCCGCGCAUCUCGCGCAUUCCACCUUAAAAGCGCUCAACGCGAUCAACGCACGCGUACAGUAUGUUUCCGUUUUUUUUCUCCUUCUCCAGCGCGCUCGCGCCGCGGCUCGAAAGACUGCGAGCGUCACGUCGAAGGCAACACUGACGCACUUCAUCCACUCUUAUCAAGCUCGAAGCCCAUUAGGAAUAAUGUCUGAGCCGUACCGCGAAUGGAUCCUGGGCUCCAUAGACUCGCUGAGGUCGAGAAAAGCGCGACCGGACCUGGACAGAAUUUGCAGGAUGGUAAAAAGACGACACGGCUCGGAUUGGGACCGAACCCGGUCAGAACUGGAGAAACUGAUAGAGGAGCAAACGGUGCUCAAAGUCAACUAUAAAGGCUCGGUUUCGUAUCGCAACGCGGCAAAGGUGCUAAGAGGCAGGAGAAAAACCGAGCAGGGCAAGUGUGCUGUGAAACAGCCUUCUCUCGCGGACUGGAGCACCGGCGACAGCGCUCUGGGUCCCGUGGAUGAGGAUCACAUGGAGGAUAUGGAAGACGAGAUGUCCACCACCGCAGGAAUGGACAGCAGUAUGGACGAGGAGGGGGACGAGAGCAGUCUGGACGCCAUGUGCGCUCAGAGCACCGCUGACUCGGGCAUCAGCAUGAGUCCCGUCACCAGCAGCAACACCAGUCAGCCCGUUCCCUCACCCGCGUCCUCAAAGAACUCCCCUACCCAUGAUGCUCUGAGGCAGGACGCCGACAGCGCUUACACUCUACCUGAGCACAUGCAGCCAGCAGCACAGCAAGACACAGCCUCAGGAUCCGUGGCGCUCGUGCGGCAGCCGGCAGCCAUCUGUCCGUCCGCUCUUCAAGUGGAGGAGGGGCCGCUCGGCCCUGAUCCGCUGAUGUCUCACAGCGGCGUCACAGCGGACGAGACGCUGGUGUCAGACGCCGUGGCCGAUCCUGUCCGGGAGGGCGACACGCGCACCAAGAGCACAACGGAGGAAGAAACCGCUAACGGCGACGGGGCGGAUAACGGAAAUGACGAGGUAAAGAAAGAAAUCGGCCAGGACCCUUUGCUCUGGAGCGUGGCCGAUGUGGCCAGUUACUUCACGUCUGCGGGCUUCCCCGAGCAGGCGCUGGCUUUCAGGACGCAGGAAAUAGAUGGGAAGUCCUUGCUGCUGAUGCAGCGCAGUGACGUGUUGACCGGCCUGUCCAUCAGACUCGGCCCUGCUCUGAAGAUCUACGAGAAUCACGUGAAGGUGCUGCAGAGAAGCCACUUUCAGGACGACAGCCGUCUCUUCUCGUAGUGCUCGUGUUUUCAGCGAAAACGGACUGAAAUUCCCCCCGGCCACGAAAGGAGGGGAAUAACGUUAACUCUUUAAGACUUGAUUUGCACAAUCCUCCUCAGCUUAUCUUCUCUUCUUCAGCGCGAGGACAUGCCGCAUGAUUCAGCCCUGCAGUCUGUUCUUCUGUUGUGAGUGCGUCCUUCCAUCCAUCCGUCGAAGGGCUGACGGGACCAUUCGUUUUAAAAGUGUUUUGCGUUUCGUUUUUUUUUUUUCUACGGUGGAGCUUUUUAUUCACCGGUGUUUCGUCCUACUGUUUUGUUUUUUUUUUUGUCAGAAAUGAUUUACGGUGUCGCAAUAUUAUAUAAACAUUGUUCUUGUCCAAUUAAAUGUGCGAUGUUCAGCGAUGUUUUACAGCAGUCUUAAAAUGGACCUGCAAAUUUAGGAAAUAAAUUCCAGUUUCAGAAUCUGAAA